AUGCCGCCUGGACGGCUGCAGUCCAGCCUAAGUUGGAUUAACUUUUGGUUGGCCAACUAUUUCAACCUCUACACGUCGGUUCACCAGUACCCCUCAGCGGAACUCGAACCCAGGUUGCAUGAUCAAAUCACCGCUUGGCAUCAAAGAUCUGACGAAUGCAACCAUACUUUCAUGCUUUUAUUUCCUCUCGGUCCCAUCGGCGCCUUCUACAGGAAUUGA